UUAAGGCGAGGUAGAGGCGCAUGAUAGUCAAGACGAGCGCAGUUUAGCAAGUAGCAGAAGAAAUGGGCUGCAAGCGUAGGUGAAGAAUCUGAUGGCGGUGGGGUUGAGCGGCGGACACUUCGAAGCACUCACUCACUACCAAUUGUGAAUUCAAUCAUACCUUUCUCAGCUAUCUCGGAACUAUAAAUAACUUCCUCUUUCUCUCUCUCUCUUCUUCCAACCUCAUUUGUCUAAUUUCUUAGCGAUCGCCGUUCAUUUCUACGCCGAUGGAGUCUGCCGCUGUUUUCCGCUCCUUCCACCAUUCUGUUGGUACCACUUCUCCUCUGAAGUCAGUCUUGGAAAUGCCUAGCUUGGUUUCCAUGAAAAAUGCUUCCUUCUCAUAUCAGUGUAGCUUGCCAUUUGGUAAUAAGCUCAUUUCUUCAGUCAACAAGAAUAGAAGACUAGUAGCAUCAUGUGCAAAGGUCUCUGAAACUAAUGUAUCAGCAAUAUCCAAUGGAACUAUUCUGACAGAUAGUGACCAAAAAAAGCCAGCUGAGAAGAAUCCACCAUUUAAAGCAACAUUUCCUGAUGGUUUUGAGGCACUGAUCACAGAAGUGUGCGAUGAAACAGAAGUUGCUGAGUUGAAACUUAAAGUUGGGGAUUUUGAAAUGCACCUGAAGCGGAGUAUUGAAGUUCCAGUAGCACAAGCACCAGUUAUUUCUCAUACACCACCACCACCACCUACUCCUAGUAAACCAGUGGUUGAAUCAUCACCUGUUCCUCCUCCAACACCCUCCAAAAAUACAAACCCAUUUAUAAAUGUCUCCGCAGACAAGUCAGCAAAGUUAGCAGCACUUGAGGCUUCUGGAUCUAGUGCUUAUGUCCUAGUAUCAUCUCCAACUGUUGGUACAUUUCGACGGUCUAGAACUUUGAAGGGAAAGAAACUACCACCAGCAUGUAAGGAGGGUGAUGUUAUAAAAGAAGGGCAAACAGUAGGCUUUUUGGAUCAGUUCAGUACAGAAUUUCCAGUCAAAUCAGAUGUGGAUGGAGAAGUCUUGAAGAUCCUCUAUAAUGAUGGGGAUGCUGUUGGUUAUGGUGAUCCACUCAUGGCUGUUUUGCCGUCAUUUCAUGACAUCAACAUCCACUGAAGCCUCUGUCAUGCUCCUAGUUUAAGAGGUUACUCAAUGAUGUCACUCAUUUUUCCUCUUUUUUUACUACUAUUAAUCUUGUCUCUUACCUCCCAAUUUGGCGGGAGUAGUGGGAGAUACAAAGUUAUCAUUGAUUGUAAGCCAAGCUUGCUAAUAGACCCUCAGUAUUAUUUGAGCUGUAGUGGGUGGGGCGUUGCUUCACUUCUACAGAAAGUAAACUUUUGUAAGAGAUGCUGUGAUGCUAUUGAUUACCCUUAUAUGUUUUUAUGUCUGUCUUCUCUA